AGAUAACAAAAUUUACAUCCCUUGAUCACAUUGAAUCGUUAAACCUAUACUCUCUCUCUCUCUCUCUCUCAAACCAACCAUCUGCCCCCUCCCCCAGCGACCUUCUUCUCCAGCGCUUCUCAAAUCAAUAUUCUUCUCCGGCACCAUUGUUGCAUCUCCUACGUCAAUGAUUCUAGUCAUAGAUGCCAGUUUCCCCAAAAAUCAACUUCACCGCCGAUUUCAUCUUGUUACCGCCUACAAAUCUGGAUCCCAAUCAAUCCGAUUUAUAUCGCCGUCGAUCGCACCUCCCAGAUCUCCAUCACUUUCCACUGGCGUCGAACUUCAUCCACGCAAUCAAUUUCUACAAUCGAUUUCUCACCGUUAAUACAAGUACCAAUUUGACUGUGUGA